CUUUUGGGGGCGAGGCAUACAGCUACUAGACUAAUGUAGGAAGUUAUCUGCAGCCGAAGGUCGUUCUGGGAGAAAAUUCCAUGUCACAAUGACUACACGAAAUGUUUCUCGGUUUUGGGAGUGGGGACGGAAAAUAAUAUGUGUUGGUAGAAAUUAUGCGGACCACGCCAAAGAACUGAAGAAUGCAGUCCCAACAGAGCCUGUGCUGUUCCUGAAGACCCCAUCAGCAUACGUGAGAGAAGGUUCCCCUAUUCUGAUACCUACAUAUUCCAGUAACCUGCACCAUGAGGUCGAGUUAGGGGUUGUUAUUGGUAAAGGGGGCACGGCAAUAUCUCAAUCCACCGCUAUGGAGCACAUCGCCGGUUACGCGUUGUGCUUGGACAUGACUGCCCGGGACAUCCAGGACGAAUGCAAGUCCAAAGGUUUACCCUGGACUCUGGCUAAAGCAUUCAACACCUCCUGUCCCAUUAGCGAAUUUAUCCCCAAAGAGCGGAUUCCUGAUCCAGGGAAUAUCAAGUUGUGGCUCAAAGUAAACGACCAGCUUCGUCAGAACGGCUGCACGUCCCAGAUGAUCUUCUCCAUCCCCUACCUCAUCAGCUACAUAAGUGAGAUCAUCACCUUGGAGGAGGGUGAUCUGAUUUUAACAGGAACACCCAAAGGGGUCUCCAGCGUACAGGAGCAUGAUGAACUUGAGGCUGGCAUUGAUGACGUUGUCAGCAUGACUUUUAAAGUUGACCGAGUAGGCUACUAGCAAAACGAAUAUUUUAAGGAUAUACAGUUGAGGAAUGAAGUGGAAAUGGGUUUGGUGGAAUUUUCAAAAUAUUUUUACUCUUUAGACUUGAAGGAAUUGACAAAUAUGGGCUUGAACUGAACGCUUAUUUUAUAAAGCUUCUGUUCAAUUUGGGAAUGUUGACAUUUUGUGGAGUUAAUUUCUACAUUUUGGCACAUAACUUGAACACUGUCACAGAGAGUAAGAAACCAGUAGAGGGCAUUGCUCCCCUUAACAAUCAAGAAAUGGCUUACAUUAAAGUUGAGAAGAUUAUUAAAACAUGUUAUAUUAUCCUAUGACAAAGAUUUACCAGAUCCUAUAAAUAUAUCUCAUGAUUGAUGCAAGAUGGAAGUGAUUAAAUUAAUGAUGAUCCACAACCAAUGAUAUUGUCUGAUUGUCCAGUCUCAACACCUCCAUCCCCAUAAAUAGGAAUGAUGUCACUUGAAUCCUCAUGAGAUUAACAUUGUAACACAGUACAAUCUUUUGUUGUGAUUACAAAACCAUGUCUGUAGUAUUUUGAACUCUACAAACCGUAGGGAAAGAACAUAAAGGGUAUUCUGUGAAACUUCAAAUCUAAAUCAUCCUCCAGAAAAAUCUGUCACAUUAAACAUCACUACUUGUA